AUGACUAAAGCCGCAGCUGCUGUGAAUGAGAGUCCCAAGAAAAAGAAAAGUUUAUCCAAUGUUAAUAUGAAACCACAAAAAACACCAAACAAGGAAAAAUUGAAAAAUGCUAUUGCUAAUACACCUGAAUCUAUGGUUCAAAAAGGUACUCCUAAAAGUGGGAAAAAACAAAAUAAAGAAAAAAUGAAUAAUUUAAAUACCCCAAACAAGCCAAAGGAAAAAGUUGUCGGCACACCAGUCAAUGGAAUAUCGAAAAAGAGUCCCAAUAAAGAAAACCAACAAAAUCAAUUAAAUUCUAGUAAAAAGAAGAACAAGGGUAAAACGCCACAAAAGCAAGAACCUGUUGCUGAAAAUUUGCUUAUGAAUAAUGAUAUUCUAGCUAAAUUAUUGAAAAACCAAAAAAAAAGAUUGAGGAAGAAGAGCAAGCAGGGAGGAGAAAAUGAGAAUGAUGUUAGCAAUUACAUACCUUUAAAACUUGGUGAUACCAAGCCUCCAUUCACUGGAAAAUUAACGAAAAGUGAAAAAAAAAGAUUACAACGUGCGAGAAAAGCUGAAGCUAAAAAAGCAGCAUCGGCUUCUCAGGAACAAGAAUUAAUGGCGAAAAAUAAAAAACAAGGAGGAGAGCCUAAAGGUAAAAAAGCUAAAUUAGAUGGAGGGAAAAAAGUUGGAGAGGACGAAGAUGAAGAUAGCAGUUGCGAAAAGGAAAACAUGAACAAAAAAAAGGAAAAAUCCCAGCCAGAGAAAAAGGGAAAAAAGGAAAAAAAAGGAGUAGAAAAGGAUAAGGAAGAAUCGGAGGAAAAAGAAUAUGAUUAUUUGAGACUUUUCUUUGGUAAUGUUGAAUUUAAUACAACGGAAGAAGAAUUAAAAACUUUCAUACUGACGGCAGUGAGUGAAGACGAAAUAGACACGAUUAAGAGACCUCAUAAAUUUGGAAAACCAAGAUCGAUAGCUUUCUUACAGUUGAAAACGGAAGAAGCUUACAGGAAAGCACUUACGUUAGAUGGAAAAACAUUAAAUGGUCGAGAAGUCCGAGUGAAUCCGGCCAAAGUCAUGUCACCAGAUAGCGGACGUGGUGGUAGUUUUAGAGGAGGUUUUCGCGGGCGAGGAGGCGGUGGUCCUCGGAAAUUCGGCGGCGGAGGCGAUAAUAAAAGAGGAGGAGGUUUCAAAAGAUCUAGCAAUUUUAACAGCGAUAGCUCAGGGAAUUCAAAGAAAUUCAAAGGAAACUCCGAUUAA